AUGACCAAGUUGUCCAAUAUUUUUGCCACGCUUUUGCUCGUGUCCAAGGCCAUUGCUCAGAAUGGCAGUGGUUCCCCUGACAGCGAUGCGCCAGCCAGCGGAGGUAGCAACAAGGACAUUGAAGCCUCGUGCUCCACGCCAGAGUGCUUCGAGGGCAAGACGCUGACCUACUACAUUGUAUACUCUGCCGAGUGUACCGGCCGGGACCGCCACCCGGAAGAGGUGUGCCUGGGAUCCGACGCCUGGUGCAGCCACGGCAACCGCAAGACGCUCUACGGCUCUGCAGAAAAGUGCCUGGCGCUCCGUCCCAAGCCGGCGGCCAAGGCCCCGUGGCAGCCCAAGGGCGGCGCCGAUUGCGGCGGCGCCGAGACGGAAAAGUGUCUCGGCACCAACGCCGCGUGCAGCAAUAUUGAAAACGAGGUCCUCGUGGCCGAGGCCGUCAGCUUUGACCUCGACCCCUCCGGAGCAGGGCGCCGCCGGCUCGCCGCCCGCGGGAGACGCGAAGCCUCCGCCGACCGAGGGCAGCGCCGAGGCGCCCGCGCAGCCGCCUUUGCGCUGCCCGACUCCGAGGGCUGCUCCGCGCCCGGCGCGGACGAGGAGCCGUGCCUCGGCAGCGUCGCGUGGUGCGAGAAGCACGGCGAGGGCGGCAAGAACGCCUGUCUCCUGGCCCGCGGCCUCGACCUCGCGGCCUUUGAGGCCGCCUUCCGCAAGGGCGUCGUCGCGCCCGUCAAGGAGGGCAUCCUCACCUGGGCCCAAAACGUCACGCGCAACGCCGCCUUUCGGGAGAUUCUGCUCAACUCGACCGCCGAGGCGGCGCAAAAGACGAUUGCGACGGAUCUGUCGGGGUACAUGGACACGGUCAAGGCUUCCCUGGAGAAGCAGGCGCUCGAGGGCCUGCGCAAAGGACUUGAAAAGUAUGCAGGACAGAAGCUUUUCUAG